AUGAAUACUACGAAAUUAUUCAAUCAUGAUACAGGCGAUAAUGCUUGGAUGAUGACAUCAACUGCAUUAGUUCUUCUCAUGACACCAGCUUUAGCUUUCUUCUAUGGUGGUCUUGUUGAUAGAAAAAAUAUUUUAAAUCAACUCUUUCUUUCAUUUAUUUGUAUGGGUAUUGUAUUUGUGCAAUGGGUAUUAUUUGGAUUUUCUUUUGCAUUUGGUCCUUCAACUAAAAUCGGUUAUGGAUCAUUUGAAUGGCUUGCAUUACAUUUUGGUGAAUCAGAGAAUGCACUUUAUAGUCCUACUUAUCCGUUAUUAACUUUUGCUGCAUAUCAAGCAACAUUUGCAAUAAUCACACCUGCAUUAAUUUCAGGUGCAAUUGUCGGUCGAAUGAAACUUAUUCCUUAUAUGUUAUUUAUUUUUAUUUGGUCAACUAUUUGUUAUGAUCCAAUGGCUCGUUGGGUUUGGAGUACUAACGGAUGGUUGAAACAUUUAGGUACACUUGAUUUUGCUGGUGGUACAGUCGUACAUAUUCUAUCAGGUGUUUCGGGUCUUGUGGCUUCAAUUAUUCUUGGGAAACGAGCCGAUUUCGAUCCACGAAGUACUACAGCACAUAAUCUUCCAUUUACAAUUUUGGGUACUGGUCUUUUAUGGGUUGGAUGGUCUGGUUUUAAUGGUGGUUCUGCUAAUUCAGCUAAUGGUAUAGCUGCUCUUGCUUUAGUAAACACGAAUGCAGCAGCUGCAGCUGGUCUUAUUACAUGGGUAGUUAUUGAUGCUAUUCGUGGUCGAGUAUCAAUAUCAGGUGCAUGCGUUGGACCAAUUGUUGGUUUAGUUGCUGUGACACCAGCAUGUGGAUUUAUACAACCAGGAUGGGCACUUUUAUUUGGAGUUAUCGCAGCAUGCAUGGUUUAUUUCCUUUUGUUGCUUAAACAUUAUAUGCGAGUCGAUGAUACAUUAGAUGUAGCUUUUGUUCAUGGUGGAGGAGGUAUAUUAGGAGCAUUUUUGACUGGUUUAUUCUCUGAAAAAGCAGUUAAUCCAUCGGCUGCUUUCGAUGGUGCAUUCUAUGGGCGACCUAUUCAAUUAUGGUAUCAAACUGUUGGUAUUCUAACUGCAAUUGGUUUUGCUGCUUUAUGUACUGCUGGUAUUCUUUAUCCAUUAGAUUGGAUCAUAGGUAUUCGUUUAGCUAAAGAAGAUGAACUUGAAGGACUUGAUUUAACAGCACAUGGCGAAAGCUGGGAAGUAGCUGCAUCACGUGCUGUUGGUGAUUUAGUAAAACAAAUUCUAGAAGAACAAGGUACUAACAAAGAAAAAAUUGAAGAUAAUGGUUCGUUUGAAUUACAUUAUACACCUUCCGAUUCGAAUGCCAAAUCGUUUUCAGUUCCCCUCUCAACGCGACAAACAACUAUUGACUUUGAAUCUGACGAUCGAUGUUGGAAGUAA